AGGAUGGACCACAGCGACUCCCCCUGGCUGGCAGACACUUGGCGAUCCACCUCUGGCUCUCGGGACCUGAGCAGCAGCAGCAGUCUCAGCAGCCGGCUGGGAGUGGACCCCCGGGACCCACUAGACCGCCGGCGCUCCUUGAUCUCCUGGGAUCCCCGCAGCCCUGGGGUGCCCCUGCUUCCCGACACCCGCACUUUUUAUGGCUCCCUCAUCGCUGAGCCGCCUUCCAGCCCCCCAGCCCGGCCAAGCCCCCAGGCCCCAGCUCUCAGGCACCUCCGACCUCAGCUGGCCCGGCUCUCCAGCCCCUGGCCCAGUUCCGACAGCCUCUGCAGCCGCAGGGGGCUCUCUUCCCCUCGCUUCUCUGUGGCCCCCACAGAGGCUUGGAAGGCCAAAAAGAAGCAAGGUAAGGACGGGAUCGCAGACCCAGCCCGGAGCAGGCGGGAGGAGGGCCCAGGAAUGGGAAUGUG